AGCUGGGUACGAGGCGAAUCUGGUUUGGCAACGUGCCAAAUGCUUUUCCCUAGAAACUGUCUCCCGUACACGUACAUUGAUUGGCUGAAGGGAAAGGGGAUAAGAGACAUGCGUGCUGAAAAAGGUGUUCCGAGAAUUUUUGUUUGGUCGAGCUGGCAGAAAAGACAUUUCUCUCGGAGUUAGAAGCGAAAUUUUAAAUAUAAUCUCGUUUCUAAACUGAAAACUUGUCAAUAUAAGAGAGCAACACUAAUAAAACCGUGGCGAUUUGCCACGAGAAAGAAAUGAGAGAUGUGGUUUAGAAAGCUGCGUCGGAGUGUGGAAUCGAUUGUCGAGUAAGCAAACCACUCGGUGAUGGCGUAACGAUAUCAAAGUAUCCCCUGCCCGGAAAUCAGCUGUGCUGAGAGAGACCUCUAGCGGCAGUGACGUCUUUCAGACAACGCCUCGCUUGUUGCUGGACUACGCUUGCGCAAAGCGUCCCCUCCCAUAUCCAGGCAAUUGUAAGCUAGUGGGUAGGAAACAGUGCUAGCUACCAUCGCAGAGCGCGCCGUGGUAGAAGUAUAACCCACCAAUGGUGAAGAUGUCGGCUCUGUCUCGUGGACAGAGGCAGCACUGUUACCUCUGUGACUUACCGCGUAUGCCAUGGGCAAUGCUCAAUGAUUUUAGUGAACCAGUCUGUCGGGGAUGUGUUAAUUACGAAGGAGCGGAUCGGAUAGAACUGGUACUGGAAACCGCUCGUCAAAUGAAACGAGCUCACGGAUUCCAAGAAGGUCGUUCUGUAUACAAAACAUCGCCGGUACCUUCUGUUUCACGUGGACAUUCGGAAAUUCUGAACGGAACGUCAGCAGUUACAGUUACUGCCGAGCCAACAGUCAUUCCCGUGCACGCUGCAACUGCCCGGUCGCCCGUUCCCGCCGUGUCGUUGGAAAGGUAUCCUCCCCACGAUCCCAAUAGGGCCCGUGCAGCCUUGCUGGAGUAUACCACCAGCCAACGGCUAGGUAACAGUUUACACGGGCACAGAGUGGAAGAAGUACCUCACGAUGCCACAACGGCCGCAUUGAAUCGUGGAAGCCCCAGUUUGGGAAACAGAGCGGUGAGUGGUUUACCAGUGGCACCUCCGCCUCCACCGGCACCGCACGUACCGCUGACGACAAGUACCACGAGAUCAAACAACAAACGCACAUCGGAGAGAGACGACGAUGACAGUUCCGCCACAUCCGAAAAUUCAAAGAGGACCAUGUUGGAAGAUCACGGUGUUAGACCCCCGUUAACGAGAGGGGAAAGUCUGCCCGCCGCCGUUAGUGUUAUGGGGGUGCCGUUCGAUGCACGUUACAAGAAAGAGCACGCAAUGGUUGGCAGAGUGUACUCUUUUGACGCUGCAACAAGUUUAAAAGCAGCUUUCAAUGCCAUCAAUAACGUCAGCACCACAUCGGCCAGCACCGUGUCGCCAUUAAGCAACUGCACGACAACUCCGCCAGAUGCCAGCAGCUCUUCGGGCCCAACUCAGAACGGACAAUCACCCAUGGCAUCUCUGAUGUCUGUCACCGACAAUCUCCCACCCGGAUCGCCGCGUAACAGCGAGCAAACGGCCACUAACAGUAACAGCAGGCCCGCAUCGGCCACAUCCCGCCAUUCGCCCAAUAGCACGGCUCCUCCCACCGGCAAAAAAACCCCGUCGGGCGGCCGCCAUAACGUGGGCACCGGCGAUUCUGAAAGCAUCACCACAACAACUAGCGUCCCGUCUACCACCGCUCCCGCGGAUGCACCCCUUCCGGCCGCUCCCCUGAAAUGCACCCUGUGCAACGAGAGGUUGGAAGACACACAUUUCGUCCAAUGUCCGUCGGUACCGCACCACAAAUUCUGUUUCCCCUGUUCGCGCGAGAGCAUCAAAAGUCAGGGUGCGGCCAACGGUAACGAAGUUUACUGUCCCAGCGGCGAAAAGUGCCCGUUGGCUGGAUCUAACGUUCCUUGGGCUUUUAUGCAAGGCGAAAUCGCUACCAUCUUGGGCGAGGAAUUCAAGAUUAAAAAAGAACGCGAAACUUAAAAAAAAGAUCCUCGUUGGAAUUUGGUCUGAAAAAAAAAUAUCAACGGCACACACGUAAUUCCCAUGCGAAAUGCGUGCUUUGAUAACGCUUUCGAUUUUACGGUUUUCUCCAUCCGCUUCCGUUAUUUUUACUUAAGUCGGACGGAAGUUGGGUGAAAAAUUCGGCUCGACUCGAAAGUCGUAACGCCGUACAAUAUACAGUAGAAUUGACGGGAAAGAAUUAAUAAAAACACACACCGUAACUCGAUUUUUUUGCAGUUCCGGCCGGCAGAAUGCUGAAGUGUUACGGAAGUAUGCGCGAGAUAUUAAAAAGGUCAUCGUGUUCUCUCAAUAUACAUUUCUCUCUUAAAAUCUCUCUCUAUCUAUCUAUCUUUAUCUAUCUAUCUUUCUCUAGUUCUCUCGUCGUGCCCCCAUCCCUCGGCAUGUAUAUCGUCAGCCAUACGUUUCUUUUUGCGACCAAGGAUACAAAGAAAAACAAAUUACGUCCAGUCGCGCUAAAUUUUUGAAUGUCGUGUUGUUACAUUUGACGGAUUUAAUCGCUUUUACGUGUUCGUGAGCAAUCGGGCAGCCAUUUUUUUUAUUUAAAAAAAAUCUUCGUGCGCCCUCCAUCUUUCUGGGAAACUCCGUCAAUAAACUGUUAUCGUCUCGGAAGUGUCUGGUAUUUGUCGUCCCCGUUCUCACCUGUACAGAUGUUUUACUUUUUUUUUUUUGGACACCCCCUCUAAAAGGCGUUGUUGUCUAUAGGAGUAUUUCGAUACCUCUCGAAGUGAGAGAUUUUAGAAUUAAAAAAGAAAAUCGAUCUCUCCGGUUUAAUAUCGACCACUGACGUAACAGUUGCCGUGUACGAGUGUUUUUCCGUUUCUCACUGGGGAGGCAGCUCUGUCGUCUCGCUAGUCACGUGAUCGCCGUGUCCCAAACUCGAUUCGUCUGGUCUCAAAACAUAAAAAGCCAAUAAAUAACGGUAAUAAAGCUGUUGGGUGUAGUUAUGUUAGAGUCUUUCCCCUUUAUUGUGUUAUGUAUGUCAAGUUUUUAGUAAAAAAAAAAAGGAAAAAAUAAUGAUAAACUGGGGAAUUCUCUUGUAUUCGAUGUUCACAUGUGAUGACAAUGAUGAACGUGUUUAUAUAUAUAUCGUCUUGUAAAUAAAAUGACAGUUCUUUCGCCAAGAGA